ACACAUCAACAAAAGUCACCCACGAAGCAUCGUUACCCAUCGCUCCACAAAACCCGCGGCCCUACACCUGAAAAGGGCAGUUAACCCACUGUUCCUAGGCCGCCGUUGUAAAUACGAAUAUGUGACUUGCCUAGUUAAAUUAAGAUUACAUAAAGAAAUGGACCAGCUUGGCUUUGUGCCAAGCCAUGUAAUAAAGUCUAUAUAAAUGUAAUGUUCCGGUAUGCUCAACGCUAGCUGGGUACGUUAGCUUACUAGGUACAUUGAUAGCUUUAGGUUGGUUGUUUUUAUGUUAAACUUCAAGAUUUACACCAAGGACGUUGCCUCUCGGAUCAUCACUCUCCCUCGCUUGGGCAAGGGACAUUUAAGGCACUCGGAUGUAAAACGCAAUUCAAGGGUUGAGGGUUUAGCCGAAGGCUGUUGAGUUUGAAACGCAGCUGGAAGGCAAUCGGGAAGAUGCAAGAUCAGGACAAAGUUAGCCCGUCCCCCUCCACCCUCCAGGAGUCCCCAGGUCGACCCCCUCUCCGAACUUUACUGCUGGUUCUGGUCGACUGCAGGAAAACACCGGGACAGAGUGGAACUGAGAGACUAGAAGGGCAAGAGGAACAUGGAGAUAUGAUUUCAUUAAGGGACAUCCCUAAUCGUUGCUCUCUAAGUGGGAGGGGCUUAUCAUCUGGGGAGCCUCAAAAACAUCAUGAUGCUGACAAGAAAGAGAAGAGUCUCUCCAGAUCAGAACACCUCAAACACCAGCAUAGAGGUACAGGGAAAAAACCUCACCACUGCUGCUCUGACUGUGGGAAGAGUUUUGCUAAACAGGACUUGACAAAUCAUGAGCAAAUUCACACUCUAGAGCAUGCAUCUAAUACCUUAAAAUCUCAGAGAAUUCAUUCAGGGGAGGGACCUUAUACCUGCUUUGAUUGUGGGAAAUACUUAAAUCAGUCAGGAGCCCAGACUAACCACAAACACACAGGAGAGAAGCCUUAUAGCUGUGAUCAGUGUGGGAAGAGCUUCAAUCAUUCAGGAUCCCUGACUCUACACCAACGCAUACACACAGGAGAGAAGCCUUAUAGCUGUGAUCAGUGUGGGAAGAGCUUCAAUCAAUCAGGAUCCCUGACUAAACACCAACGCAUACACACAGGAGAGAAGCCUUAUAGCUGUGAUCAGUGUGGAAAGAGCUUCAGUCGAUUAGGAGACCUGACUAGACACCAACGCAUACACACAGGAGCGAAGCCUUAUAGCUGUGAUCAGUGUGGGAAGAGCUUCAAUCAUUCAGGAUCCCUGACUCUACACCAACGCAUACACACAGGAGAGAAGCCUUAUAGCUGUGAUCAGUGUGGAAAGAGCUUCAGUCGAUCAGGAGACCUGAUCAAACACCAACGCAUACACACAGGAGAGAAGCCUUAUAGCUGUGAUCAGUGUGAGAAGAGUUUCAGGACGUCAGAUCACCUGACUGCACACCAACGCAUACACACAGGAGAGAAGCCUUAUAGCUGUGAUCAAUGUGCGAAGAGCUUCAGUCGAUCAGGAUCCCUGACUCUACACCAACGCAUACACACAGGAGAGAAGCCUUAUAGCUGUGAUCAGUGUGGGAAGAGCUUCAAUCAAUCAGGAUCCCUGACUCUACACCAACGCAUACACACAGGAGAGAAGCCUUAUAGCUGUGAUCCGUGUGGGAAGAGUUUUGCUCGUUCAGGGUCACUGAUAAAACACCAGAAAGCACAAACAUGUUUUCUUUCAUCUCCCUUCUCUCUGGCACCGGUUCCAGAUCCCUAAAUAAAGUUUACAUAGAAAACAUCUUGUAAACAGUCAUCCAGCUCCCAUUCUCUAACACUUUAGUAUGUCUGAUUGCCAUGGUAACAUAUGUAGCAUAAUAUGCAGCUCUGGAUCCAUAUGUUACAAGCGUCUUGGAGUAGAAGUGCUGUGUGUGUGGUGGGGUGGGGGAGGAGGUGUUCAGAGCUAUCUUUUAAUUUAUGAACUCAUAUUAUCCAUUAAAUAAUGUAUAAUAAAAAUGUUUCACCAAUGGUAGGUGUAUAUUCAUGUGUGGGGGAAAUGUUAUCGCAAGAGAGAGUCUUGAAUUGUACAUCAUGUCUCAUACAGUCAUUGGUUCCUGUAGGUGCUGGGUAGAGAUAUGAGGGGGAGACAGUCAUGACCCCCUCAGACCUUUUGGCAGAACUCUCAGAAUAUGUUCUAUAAUUUACAUGCAGGAACCAAAUGUUAAUGAUGAAUAAUGUAAAUCAUGCAAAUAUAACCUGUCUGUGUUACCAGUAUAUAAGAGGACUAACGGGACUGCCCCGAAAGAGCUCCUGACCGUAAGUUUGUUGGAAUCUCUCCAGCUGGCUGAUAAUAAAUCAUUAUUAAUUUAA